UAGCUCAAAAGAAAUUUAAAAAAGGUUCUCGUGACUCUUACUGCUCUGCUUUCUCCCUCCUUCACUCCAUUCCAUUUAGCUCUCUCUCUCUCUCUCUCUAGCUCGGCAAGAGGGGUUCAAUGAACCCUAGAGCUUCGUCACUUUCUGUGGUGGAUGUUGCCGCCCUAUCGCAUCAUUUCAUUUCUUGGUACGGCCUUGUGCAAAGAGAUUCAUUAUGUGUUGAUUACAGAGAAGUGAAUGUUUGAGGAAGACGAUUGCUGAGUUGAGUUGAGUUGAGUUGAGUUGAAUUUGUUAGAUGGAAUGACAUCUGACAUGGCACAGAACUUGAGAUCAAGCAGGUCUUCAUUUGGUUCCAGCAAUGGCUUGGAAACCCCUUCCCACAAUUCAUUCGCCACCUCCAACGGCGACGCCUACGACUACGAUUCCGAUGGUUCCAACUUCAGCCCUCUCACGCCGAAUUCCCUGUCGUCAGUUAUGGCGCCCGAACUUGCCGGCGCUAUACCAUUGAUCGACAAAUUUCAGGUGGAAGGAUUUUUGAGGGCAAUGCAGAAGCAUAUUAAUUCAUCCGGUAAACGUGGCUUCUUCUCGAAGAAGACAGCGGGGAUGCAAGUUCGAGAGAAGUUCACAUUUGAGGACAUGUUGUGCUUCCAGAAGGAUCCGAUUCCAACCUCAAUGCUGAAGAUAAACGGUGAUCUCAUCAGCAGGGCAGUCAAGCUUUUCCAGGUUAUCCUUAAGUAUAUGGGAGUUGAUUCUUCUGAUCGAAUUACUCAAAUCAGUUUGGAGGAACGUGUAGAGCUCGUCGGCAAACUGUACAAGCAUUCUUUGAAGCGCUCGGAGCUUCGAGACGAACUCUUCAUGCAAAUUUCCAAGCAAACGAGAAAUAACCCCGAUAGGUACUCUUUGAUUAAGGCAUGGGAACUAAUGUACUUAUGUGCGUCGUGCAUGCCCCCGAGCAAGGAAAUCGGUGGUUAUUUGUCCGAGUACGUGCACACCGUAGCGCACGGUGUCAACACGGAUUCUCAAGUCCAAGUCCUUGCAAUGAACGCGUUAAAUGCACUGAAACGUUCGGUUAAGGCUGGGCCAAGGCAUAUAAUACCCGGACGCGAGGAGAUUGAUGCCGUUUUGACUGGUAAAAAGCUGACAACUAUAGUGUUUUUCUUGGAUGAAACCUUUGAAGAGAUCACGUACGAUAUGUCCACGACUGUGGCCGAUGCCGUCGAGGAACUUGCGGGGAUAAUCAAACUAUCGGCGUAUUCCAGCUUCAGUUUGUUUGAGUGUCGUAAAGCUGUAGUCGUUUCCAAAUCACCCGACGUUGGAAAUGAGGAGUACAUUGGGUUAGAUGAUAACAGAUAUAUUGGCGAUCUUCUUGCCGAUUUCAAGGCAUCGAAGGACCGCAGCAAAGGAGAGAUUUUGCACUAUAAACUGACAUUCAAAAAGAAGCUCUUUCGGGAGUCUGACGAAGCCAUUACAGAUCCUAUGUUUGUGCAAUUAUCUUACGUCCAACUGCAGCACGAUUAUGUAUUAGGCAAUUAUCCCGUUGGGAGAGACGAUGCUGCGCAGCUGUGUGCUCUGCAAAUACUGGUCGAAAUUGGAUUUGUUGUUUCUCCCGAAACAUGCACUGAUUGGACAUCACUUCUCGAGCGUUUUCUACCAAGACAAGUAGCCAUUACUCGAGCCAAGAGAGAUUGGGAACUGGACGUACUUUCUCGCUACCAUUCGAUGGAGAAUUUGACCAAAGAUGAUGCCAGACAACAAUUUUUAAGGAUUUUAAGAACACUUCCUUACGGGAACUCAGUUUUCUUCGCUGUUCGUAAGAUCGAUGAUCCGAUUGGACUCUUGCCCGGAAAAAUCAUUCUAGGCAUAAACAAGCGUGGGGUUCAUUUUUUCCGCCCGGUUCCUAAAGAGUAUUUGCACUCAGCUGAGUUACGAGACAUAAUGCAGUUUGGCAGCAGCAAUACUGCAGUAUUUUUUAAGAUGCGAGUCGCUGGCGUCCUGCAUAUAUUUCAGUUUGAAACUAAGCAGGGAGAGGAAAUAUGCGUUGCCCUUCAAACGCAUAUAAAUGAUGUGAUGCUGCGCCGCUACUCUAAAGCACGUGCCGCUUCCAAUGGAUCGGUUAAUGGCCAUUUUUCUGAUAAUGCUCGACCUGCUGUUGUUGACAACGAGAAGCGGGUUACUGAGCUAUCGAAAUCUCUUGAAGAGUCACAAAUGAAAGUCAAUCAAUUGCAAGAAGAUCUACAAGAAAAGGAAAAACAGGAACUGAAGAUGAGAGAAGAUUUGGAAAGUUUGAAAGGUGUUUUGAGGUCCGAUAAGCAAUAUUUAGAGGAAAUAAUAUGCGAACGCGACCGAUUGAGAACUUUAUGUGAUGAAAAAGACACCACACUUCAGGGAAUGCUAUCUGAGAAACAAAGUAUCGAGGCUAAACUUGCAAAGCUUAAUAGUCAAGGAGUGCAAAACAAUGCAAGGAAAGAGUUGGUCGACUCAAAUAAUCAGGUCUUGCAUAAGGUCCAAGAUGAACUAAAAGCGCGAACUGCUGAGUUGGCUGCAGCUGAAGAAUCCAAAAGGAAACUCAUGAACGAGAAAGCAUGGCUUGAAGAAAAGAUUUCAAGGCUUGGAAGGAAGAACAGUGACGAGAUUGCCAUGAUUGAGAGAAACUUUGAACAGGAACGCAGAGCUGCGAAGUCACGGAUUUCGGAACUUGAGAAGAAAUUGGAAGAGGCAUCACAAAAUUUAGUUUUGGCACAAUCUGCUAUUGCCUCUAAAGACACCGAGUUGUCUGCAUUGCAAAAUAAUCUCCGGGAAUUGGAAGACCUCAGGGAAUUGAAAGAGGAUAUCGAUAGAAAGAAUGAGCAAACUGCUGCAAUACUGAAGAUGCAAGGAGCGCAACUGGCUGAGAUGGAGGCUCUUUACAAGGAAGAGCAGGUCAUGAGAAAAAGAUAUUUCAACAUCAUAGAAGACAUGAAAGGCAAGAUAAGAGUCUAUUGCCGUUUGAGGCCUUUAACCGACAAAGAAAUAUCCGAUAAGGAACGGAAUGUGCUUACAACAGUCGAUGAAUUUACUGUGGAGCAUACGUGGAGAGAUGAUAAACUAAAACAACAUAUGUAUGAUCGUGUUUUCGAUGGUCAUGCAACUCAAGAGGAUGUUUUCGAGGAUACGAAGUAUUUGGUGCAAUCGGCUGUCGAUGGAUUCAACGUGUGUAUAUUUGCUUAUGGACAAACGGGUUCCGGCAAGACUUUCACUAUUUAUGGUUCCGAGAGCAAUGCGGGUCUCACCCCUCGAGCAACAUCCGAGCUUUUCAGAAUCAUGAGACGGGACAGUAAAAAGUUUUCCUUCACAUUGAAGGCAUACAUGGUGGAACUAUACCAAGAUACACUAGUCGACCUUCUACUACCGAAGAAUGCGAAGCGUUUAAAACUGGAUAUUAAGAAAGAUUCGAAGGGAAUGGUAGUGGUGGAAAAUGUAACGACUGUAUCCAUCUCGUCGCACGACGAAUUAAGAACCAUCAUCGAGAGAGGAUCCGAGCAGAGACAUACAACCGGGACCCUGAUGAACGAGCAAAGUUCAAGAUCUCAUUUGAUCCUUUCCAUAGUCAUCGAGAGUACAAAUCUUCAAACGCAAUCUGUCGCCCGAGGAAAGCUAAGCUUUGUGGACCUUGCGGGAUCUGAACGAGUGAAGAAAUCGGGCUCGUCCGGGAGUCAACUGAAGGAAGCUCAGAGCAUCAAUAAAUCACUUUCAGCUCUGGGAGAUGUCAUCGGCGCCUUGGUGUCGGGCAAUCAGCACACUCCUUACAGAAACCACAAGCUGACGAUGCUGAUGAGCGAUUCGCUCGGGGGGAACGCCAAGACGUUGAUGUUUGUCAACAUUUCUCCUGCUGAGUCGAAUCUUGACGAGACGUACAACUCCUUAAAGUAUGCUUCCCGAGUUCGAUCAAUAGUGAACGAUCCGAGCAAAAAUGUGUCGUCAAAAGAAGUGGCUCGAUUAAAGAAACUGGUGGCGCAUUGGAAGGAACAGGCGGGGCAGGGAGGGGAUGAAGAUGAGUUAGAGGAGAUUAAGGAAGAAAGAGGCAGCAGCAGCAGCAGCCGGAGAGACAAGGUGGCUGAUAAUCGGCAAUCCAUGUGAGAGGUAAGGUAAGGUAAUUUGAUCUAUCUUGCUGGUUCGAGAUGGAACAGAUAUUGGUUUGUUCUUGAAUUGAAUUGAAUAGCUCCUGUCGGAAAGGAAGUUUUUUCCGUGGCAAAGAGUAGCUUUUUUUGUACAGUAAAUGUGGAUAUUAUUAUUAUUAUUAUUAUUAUUGUUAUUAUUAUUA